UGUUGAAUGACUAGUUUAUCUAAUUUUCAAACACAAAAUACUUGCACCUUAUUCUAUUCGACACUCGAACUCGUAGUUCUAUUUCUCUAUAAAUUGCUUAGCAUCUAUUUCUAUUUGAUGAUAAUCUGAAAGUAAAACUAAUCUUUAGUAUAGCAUUUACAGGGAUGACAGCUGUAAACAUAACUUCCAUAAAGACUUCAUCAAAUGGAGUUUGGCAAGGAGAUAAUCCUUUACACUUUGCUUUCCCAUUAUUGAUUGUUCAGACAAAUUUAAUCCUGCUCGUCAGCCGCUUCUUCGCCUUCCUUUUCAAGCCUCUCCGCCAACCCAAAGUCAUCGCCGAGAUAGUAGGAAUUGUUGUGCUGGAGCCAUCGGCUUUCCGGCGAAACAAAGAGUACAUGCAAUGGAUUUUUCCCUAAUAGAGCAUUCUGCUACUGGAAUCAGCAGCAAAUAUUGGUCUUCUCUUCUUUCUUUUCCUCGUCGGUCUCGAGCUCGAUCUAUCCUCCAUUUGUCAAAGCGGCAAGCGUGCCUUUGGCAUAGCUUUCGCAGGAAUUUCUCUACCGUUAUUUGUGGGAGUAGCUCUUUCCAUCACAGCAUUCCUUGUAUUAGCUCGCAUUCUAGCAGAGCUCAAGCUGCUAACAACUCAAGUAGGUGAGACUACCUUAGCAGCAGCUGCGUUCAACAACGUUGCGGCAUGGAUCUUGCUUGCUCUAGCAAUUGCUUUAGCUGGGAAUGAUGCUGGUGCUGGAUACAAAAGUCCAUUAAUAUCGAUCUGGGUACUUCUUAGUGGCAUUGCAUUCAUUGUUUUUAUGUUACUUUUGAUCAGACCCGCCAUGAGCUAGAUUGCCAAUAGAUGCUCCCGGCAACAUGGUGUGGUCAAUGAAGCUUAUAUCUGCUUGACAUUAGCAGGAGUUAUGGUGUCAGGCUUCAUCACCGAUCUUAUAGGAAUCCAUUCAAUUUUUGGAGCAUUCAUUUUCGGAUUGACGAUUCCAAGAGGAAUAUUUGCUGAGAGAUUGAUAGAAAGGAUAGAAGAUUUUGUGUCAGGUUACUUUGCAUCUAGUGGAUUUAAGACGGAUGUGGCGGCCAUUCGGGGAAGGGCUUGGAGGCUUCUUGCUCUGGUUAUAACAACAGCGUGUGCUGGAAAGAUUGCUGGGACGUUUGUGGUGGCGAUGAUUAUGAUUCUUAUUAGGGAGUCGUUGACGCUUGGUAUCUUGAUGAACAAAGGAUCAGUAGAACUUAUUGUUCUCAACAUUGGCAAGGAGAAGAAGGUCCCUAUAAAAUUUCUAAAUUAUUUGGUUCAAUUAGUCUAAAAACUCACUAAUUAAUUCACUAUUUAACGGGUACUGAAUGAUGAGGCAUUUGCUAUUCUAGUUCUAAUGGCACUUUUCACCACCUUCAUCACAACUCCAAUAGUCAUGGCUAUUCACAAACCAGCCGGUACUCCUACUCACCAGAAGCUUCGGGACUUCUCCGCCACCAGUGACUCUAACGACGAGCUGCACAUUCUUGGAUGCCUUCAUGAACCAGGAAAUGUGCCUUCGCUCAUCACCCUCAUUGAAUCAAUUCAAAGCACCAAAAAUUCCCAACUCAAACUCUUGAUCAUGCACCUUGUUGAGCUAACCGAGCGAUCCUCCUCAAUCAUCAUGCUUCAUCGUCUAAGUAAAAAUGGAUUGCCAUUCUUUAAUUGUCUCCACCGUGAUGAUGAGUGGCAUGAUCAAGUUGCAGGAGCAUUCCAAGCUUAUAGCCAAUUGGGUAGUGUUUCUUCGACCACAACGGCAAUUUCUUCUUUGUCAACUAUGCAUGAAGAUAUUUGUCAGGUAGAUGAGACUAAGAGGGCGACAAUGGUCAUUCUCCCGUUCCAUAAAUAAUGGAGAGAGGAAGAAAGUAGUGAUAAUCAGUUAAUGGAGAAUAUAGGCCAUGGAUGGAGAUUAGUUAAUAAGAGGGUGCUAAAGAAAUCUCCGUGUUCCGUGGUAAUAUUUGUGGACCGUGGAUUUGGAAAUGGUGCUCGAACUCCAGGACCUAAUAGUCCUGUUGUAGAAAGGGUAUGUGUGAUGUUCUUUGGUGGACCUAAUGAUUGUGAAACCUUGGAAUUGGGUGGCAUAAUGGCUGAACAUCUGGCGAUUAAAGUUACAGUUGUGAGGUUUGUUUAAAGAGAAGGGCUACAAAGUAAAGCUCAUAUGUAACAACCCUCUUCUUCAUAAUCCAAGAGUACACAACUGCAGAGAUAUAGCUUUUCCAUUGCUACAAUAAACUCAGACAAGGAAAAGGAAUUGGAUGACAUUGCAUUGGCAGAAUUUCUAAGCAAGUGGGAUGGGGUGAUAGAGUACAUAGAGAAGAUAGACAGCAACAUUGUAUAAAGGGUAUUAGCAAUGUGGAGAAGCAGGGAUCAUGAUCUUAUUGUUAUUGGAAAAGGACGAUUUCCAUCAACUAAGGUGGCGGAACUGGCGGACCACCCAACUGAGCACCCGGAGUUGGGACCUAUUGGAGAUGUGUUGGCAUCAUCAGAGAAGGGUAUCGUUUCUUCAGUCCUUGCAAUACAACAGCAUGAUUUAGCUCACCAAGAGGAGGGUCCACCAAUAAAGGUUGUGCGUUCUCAUAAUGACAAGCUAUCAGCGAAUGGGGCAUACAGCUCCAGAGAGAUUGCAGAUGCUAUCUGA